AUGCGCACUUCAAAAACAUCAAAGGCCCUCAUCGAGAGAACUUUGGGGAACUUCUUAAAACUUGGUCUUCACGUUGCGGAUCGUUGGUUUGGCUACUUGGGUAGCUCAAAUUCCCAGAUGAGGGAUUCUGGCGCGUACUUCAUGGAGAAGUACUCUCGAUCGCAACUUAGAGAAUAUAAAGAGAUCUUCAAUCGUGACCCUCCGCCUAAUUGGCAACCCAAGAUUGAUGACGCUCGCGUAAGUCUCGGAAGGUUCACCACUAUGGAGAGCAUUCCAAAACUUAUGGCGCGUCUCGGUCAGUGCUUCACGCAAAGCAUGAAAACAAGCGUUCCUCUCCGUCGAGAGCAAUAUCGUACAGAUUACGACUUUAUUGGUGGAAGCAACAAGCAAGGGUGA